AUGGGCCGCAGGCCGGCGCGCUGCUACAGGCAGUCCAAGGGCAAGCCAUACCCCAAGAGCAGGUACUGCCGUGGUGUGCCCGACCCCAAGAUCCGUAUCUAUGAUGUGGGCAUGAAGAGGGCUGACGUGGACACCUUCCCGUGCUGCGUCCACCUGGCAAGAGCAGGCAGCACCGGGGGUAGUGACGGCGCAGGAGCACCGGCAACCACGGCGGUGGUCGGUGGCGGCGAUGGUGGCUGCGGCGCGGGCAGCGGCGGCGGAGGCCGCAGCAGCAGCGCUUGCUGCGGUGGCAGCACCGCGGCCACCCCCCACUGCAGCAGCUACAGCCUUGCGGACGGCGCCGACGCCGACAUCUGGGCGACAGGCAUAUGCCAGCAACACCAGCAGCAUACGCUCAGUUGGGAGAAGGAGAAUGUCUCGUCCGAGGCGCUGGAGGCGGCCCGCGUGGCGGCUAACAAGUACAUGACCAAGAACGCCGGCAAGGAGUCCUUCCACCUGCGCGUCCGCGUGCACCCCUUCCACGUGCUGCGCAUCAACAAGAUGCUCUCGUGCGCCGGCGCGGAUCGGCUGCAGACGGGCAUGCGUGGCGCGUUCGGGAAGCCGCAGGGCGUGGCGGCGCGCGUGCUGAUCGGGCAGAUCCUCAUGUCGAUCCGCUGCAGGGACCAGCACCAGGGCGUGGCCGCCGAGGCGCUGCGCCGCGCCAAGUUCAAGUUCCCCGGCCGCCAGAAGAUCGUGACCAGCCGCAACUGGGGCUUCACCCCCUACUCGCGCGACGACUUUGUGCAGUGGCGCAAGGAGGGCCGCCUCGUCAACUCGGGCGUGCACGCCACGCUGCUGGGCGCCCGCGGCGCGGUGGCGGACCGCGCUCCUGAGCACCUGUUUGCCUCGGCCGCGCGCAUCCACAAGAUCCCCGUCCACCCUGAGUAG